UGCCCAUAUCAAUUAAUUUGUUCUGCCAGUUUUUAUCUCCAGGAGGAGCAAGCCUUUUGUAAAGCCAAUGAGUCUUCACUGCUCACUCAGUGCUAAGGCAACCAGAAUUUCUUUACAUCACAAUAAGGAUCGGUUCCAACAAUAUGUUGCUACUAGAAAACCCUACCCCUCACCCAUGCUCAGUGUCUGUGAGGAUUGCAACUAAGGGCAGAAGGGUCAGGUCACUGGAUUGGGGUGUCAGGGGUGACACCAUCAUCUCUGCUGAAUAAAAACUCCCAGUGACCUGACCCUGGUAGCCUAGGUCCACUACAUCUCUAGCUGGAAAGCGGGAUAAAAGCAGGUGAGGAGUCAAUGAAGGUCUUUGCUUCUUAUUCUCGGCGUUCUCAAGAUGAAGCCCCUGGUGGUUAUAGCUGUGCUGGUCGGAGCCCUGGGGGAGGUUUCUCAGACCUUCCCUGCCUGGUACCACAGGGGCUGGCUGCGAUUGCUAAGAGAAGGGGAUGGCUGUGGGCCAUGCCAUAUGGAGCACUGCCCCGUGCCCACAAACUGCCGGGCUGGAACCGUCUUAGACCUAUGUGGUUGCUGUCCUGAAUGUGGAAACAUAGAAGGACAAAUCUGUGACCUGGACCAAGGCAGCAACUUCUAUGGACACUGUGGAGACAACCUGGAGUGCCACUUGGAUGUGGACGACAUAAAAUCUGGAGAAAUCCCUGAGCCGCAAUGUGUGUGCAAAUCAGAAGAGAUGGUGUGUGGACCUGAUGGAAGGACCUAUGAGAACAUCUGCCAGUUCAGGGAGGCUUACGCAGAGAAGGGAACAAAUAGCAGCAUAAAGCACAAAGGACCAUGUAAAUCAGCUCCUGUUAUUUCUUUGUCACCUCAAGAUACCCAGAAUUUCACAGGAAACGAUGUUAUUUUUGGCUGUGAGGUCUCUGCUUAUCCCAUGCCACACCUUGAAUGGAAGAAAAAGGGGAAUAAAAUGUUUCUGCCAGGAGAUGAUGCUCAUAUUUCAAUACAGGCAAGAGGAGGCCCUCAGAGAUACAGUGUGACUGGAUGGUUACAAAUCCAAGGAAUCAGGAAAUCAGAUGAAGGUGUCUAUGUGUGUGAAACAAAAAAUAAAUAUGGGUUUGCCUAUUCAUCUGCAAAGCUGGAAGUUAUUGAUGAUUCAUCAUCCUUUCACGAUAUCCCUCGCAGCUGGAUGACUAGUGACAAUGCUGAUUACGGUGACUCUUUUGACUCUGUUGAAGAAGAAGAAGAAGUAGUAGAGCAUACAUCUUCUGGAGACUAUGCUAAAUGAAAGAAGUGCAAAUACUUCCAUUGGGGUUUACCUAUUUCAUCUUCACUGUUCUACAACCUCACAUUGUAUUACAUUCUAAAAAAGACAAGUGCUAAGCAACCAAAAUAACUAGACUUUUGUACUGGGUUGCUCUGAAACUUAUUGGGUAAUCUAUAAGGCAGUGGUUCUCAACCUGUGGGUCCCCGGGUGUUUUGUCCUACAACUCCCAGAAAUCCCAGCCAGUUUACCAGCUGUUAGGAUUUCUGGGAGUUGAAGGCCAAAACAUCUAAAGACCCACAGGUGUUGAACCACGGCUGUGAGCCUUAUCACACUUUCACAGCUGGGUUGUAGGGUUGUUGUAAGGAUAAAAAGUAGAGUGCCAUAUAAAUUAGAUAAACAUAACUAAUAAAUUAAAAAUAUAUAUAUUCAAUUUCAAUAGCACUAGAAUAACAAUAAGACUUCAUAUUAAUUGUGUUUAGAAUAUUAUAUAGUAUAUAAGUAAAAAUAGAAUUCUGAAAUAUAUAUCAAAGUUGCUUAUACGUUUGUUCAUGAAAGGCACACUCUUUUGUUAUACAAGUGUAAAAUAUGGAUGGACAUUGGAAGUUUAGGAGCACAAGCAGUUUAUGAAGACCUUCUAUGACUUUGAGGCAGUUCAGGAAUAUGUACUGAAAUGGAUGAAGAAAUCUCAAAAAACACAUUUUGCAUUAUGUGAUUAAUAAUUCCUUGUUACUCUGAGUUGUCAAAGAUAGGGGGGUAAUGAGGCUUCUAAAGAAAGCAUUCUAAAUUAUCUUGUAUCAAAACAGAAAAGAAAGAAAAAUAUGCAUACUGUUGAUGGAGAUGAAAUAAAUCAAAUACCGAUACCGUGUUUCCCUGAAAAUAAGACAGUGUCUUAUAUUAAUUUUUGCUCCCAAAGAUGUGCUAGGUCUUAUUUUCAGGGGAUGUCUUAUUUUUCCAUGAAGAAUUCACUUUUAUUGUUGAACAAAAUUUUUUUUGUAGUCAAUGUUUUUAAUAAAUCGUGAUAUUUUGGUGCUAAAUUCAUAAAUACAGUAAUUACUACAUAGCAUUACUGCAUAUUGAACUACUUUUUCAGUCCAAUUUGUUGUAUAACAUGAUGUCUUGGUGCUUAAUUUGUAUAAUCAUAACCUAAUUUGACGUGUAAUAGGCUUUUCCUUCAUCCCUCCUUAUUAUCCAACAUAUUCGCUUAUCCAACGUUCUGCCGGCCCAUUUUUGUUGGAUAAGCAAGACUCUACUGUACUACCAUUAUUUUCAUGUACAGCAAUCUAUGGUACGUACAUUUACGAAUCCUGAAUGCGCUGGUGUUGUUUGGUGGUCAUGCUUCCAAACAAAAACUUUGCUAGGUCUUACUUUUGGGGGAGGCCUUAUAUUUAGCAAUUCAGCAAAAUCUCUACUAGGUCUUAUUUUCUGGGGAUGUCUUAUUUUCAGGGAAACAGGGUAUGUAUUGGAUGGUGGCUGUCCUUUCCAAAUCAAGUUUAAAGACAAAGGAGCUUCAAGGACCUUGAAAUUGCCCAUCAGCAGUUAGUAUUAUAACUGACAAUUUCAAUGCAAAUGAUGCCUCCAUCUUUACCCACUUAAUCAGAGUAUACCUUAUACAAAUUACACUUUAGGAUGUGUAUUUAUGACAUUCUCUCCUGUGUUUUAGGAAAAAAUAUGUUAGCAAAUGGUACAAUAUAAAAGUUGGUGUGCUUUCCCCAUUUGAAAGAACUCCUUUGCCAUGGAAAAGAUCAUUGCUUACGAGGAUUUAACUUUGCUGAUACACCUGAUCCCUGCAGGUGUGAGGGACCUACUAAAAUGUUUGAUCCACAAUCUGUACAGAGAUUCAAUUUGUUCACUUAUAUCCAGUCCUGCUCUGUAUUCAAGCAACUAAAUUGUGUAAGUGGAAGUCUCCAUUAGGCUUAUGCAUUUCGGCUGAACUUUGAUCCAUUUCUGCUGGCUGGAUACCGAUAGACCCCCAUAUCCAUUUUUGUACACCUCCCGAAAACGGGUGGUUAGCCGGAUGGCUGUGUUCGGACAGCAGCUGAAAAAUACGGCUAGAUCCAGCCCAUUGGCAGCAGUGGGGAACUUACAAGGCUUCCAUUCCUGGGACCCUUUCCUUUUUUCCCUUCAAGGGAGCCUGUUUUUCAGUAACGGCGUUAAGGAAACAGACACAGCUUUUAUAAUGAUACAGAAUAGGAGAGGAGGAACCGUGAUCGGCUGUCAUGUGGUCCGUUACAGAUGGGAAAACGUGACGGCUGGGGCCUUGCCAUUACAGCCAUCUGGCAGGGCCAAAAAAGCAGGAUUGGCCGAAGGAAAAUGGCAAAAACAGAUUCACUCACAAGCCUAAUUUCCAUAUAUAGUUCUGGAUAUCUUGUGUCACAGUGACUUUCUGUCUUCAUUAUAGUUGUUCUUCUGGCAUGAAUUAUUAUUUGCUUUAUAAUAUGGUAUGGAUGAGAUAGCUAAUUUCAUAACUGUUCAUACUGUUUUUGAGACUAAGGCUACAAUCCUAUACAUAUCUGGAGGAAUUGCAAUGUUUUCAAACAUUGCGGGCGUGCAUGGGUGGGUAACAACUGCAAACAUUUUUUUUUAAUUUUCCUUGUUGAUUUCAAUAAAUAUGUAAUAGGAAUGCAGUGGGAUAGGGAGCUAUUGACGGGUGAAACCUGUCAAUAGCUCCCUAUCCCACUACAUUCCCAUCAGCUAAAAGGCAAGGAUGAAUCAUGGGGUGAGAGGAGGCAAACCAAUUGUAGGAGGCAUUUCGCAUAGUGUAAUGGUUCAGCUGCAAUGCAGGUGUGCCUGCCUCAUGUGAUAAUGUCCUAACUUUAUAGGAAGUAGAUAUACAUAUUCUGUAUUCUCACAGAGCAAUGGCAACAAAUGAAUGACAAUACUGUACAUCACAUGUUAUAUGUUCAGUUAUAUAAAGUUUCAAGCAGUAAAUACUUGGCAAAACGGUUGGAGCCGGCAGCUAAGCUUAACUAUAGGGAUAAAACUCUAGAUUUGUUAUCUACUUGUUCCGUGAAGUCAGUACUUACUUAUGAAUCUAUAUUUGAAGUGAAAACAGCCCAACUCAGAAUUGUUCAUGAGAAUUAUUAAGAUUAACUGUCUCUUGUAAGAAACUGUUUCUGGCAAUUUUAUCCCAUACUGUAUCAAUUGAUGGCUUAUUAUUUAUUUUAAUGUGUAUUUGUUCUCUCUCUCUCUCUCUCUCUCUCUCUCUAUAUAUAUAUAUAUAUAUACACACACACACACACACACACAUACACACACACACAAACUACAUCAGCUUACACUUUUUAUAUCUGAAAUUAUGUAUGCAUCAUUCACAAUUGCCAUAAAUUAGACACAACUUGAAUAGACACAACAACAGCAACAACAGCAGCAUGUAUGACAAUAUUGAAUUAUUUCAGAUUCAGUUAGGGCCUCUGGAUGUGAGAACAAUCUGGCUGUGAAAUCUGCAGGUAAUCUGGACUUUAUAUGGCCGUGUAGCUACAGCCUACGUAUCUCUCUUGAAACUGCCAGUCCCAAGACUCUAUGGCAGAUAAAAUGUAAUAACAACUUAUAAUUUGGAUAUUCUCAUUGAGAAACAUUUAGGUGUCAGACUCAGAUCUUAUUCCCACAAAAUUUAGUCCAUUAAAAUAUAUUUGCAUUUUAUUUUUUAUCAUUCCUUUGGAUUCUACUAUUUUACUCUUCUUGCUGUCUGUUAACAUUCCUGCUAUUUGGGCUGAUUUGUUAUGAAAGUUCAAAGCAGAUAAUCUGGGAUCAGAUCCUGGGAUAUAGGGCCUAUCUGGAAGGGGCCUCAGUCUACGCUGCCAGAUAAUCUGGUAUAAAAUAAUCUGGGAUCGGAUCCUGUGAGAUUGGGCAGUGUAGAUCCAGCCGAAUAUGGAUUUUGUAUGACAGUGCAGAUAGGGCCUCGGGUGCUGCUAUAGUCCUUUCAUGAGCGAGAUGUUGACGAAUCCAACAGAAGAUGCUCCCAUUAUUGUUGUUGUUAUUUAUUUGUUCAGUCGCUUCCAACUCUUCGUGACCUCAUGGACCAGCCCACACCAGAGUUUCCUGUUGAAGUCAAAGGUGACCCCCCCCC